AGGGCAAGAGCGCCGAGCAGCUGUUCCACGCGGCCGCGGGGAGCUCCGGCGCGGUGGGCUUCCCGGAGUUUCUGGCGCUCGCCAGGUCCUUCUCCGAGAGGUGCCCCCCGGACGGGCUCCCCGAGGCCCUCACCCCGGACGUCAUCGACGAGGAGAUGAUGGAGAGGCUUUUCAAGCACAUUGCAGGCUGUGGAGGCGACCGCACGGCGACGCCAACCCUGCAGCUUGCGGGCUUCCUGGAGCUCCUGGCCCGCGUGUCGUACCGGGUGGCCAAGGCCACGGUGCUGACGGAGGAACUGGACAUCGCCUCCGGGGCGAAGGGCCGGAUAGAGGCCGGCGAGGUGCUGCACGCCGUCGGCCCGCCCAGGAGCGAGGGCUCGGGCGCCGCAGGCAUGACGCGGAUUAGAUGUAGAACCUCCGCGGGCCUGGAGG